UUCUACAUGCUGAUACACACAAAGAACCAGGACAAAAUAGUCACACACAAGGGAAAAGGAACACAACAGCAGGAUGAAGCCGAUGAGUUUGUGGAAAUCGGAGCUCUGAAUGGCAUCUUUGUGUUGGGACGCAGCAUGGGAUUCAUCGGACACUACCUGGACCAGAAGAGGCUGAAGCAGGGCCUGUACCGCCACCCCUGGGACGACAUCUCCUAUGUGCUGCCCGAACACAUGUCGAUGUAAUCGGAGGGACUGAACCAUGUCGUGCCAGCUCUCUCCGCCCCCCUCACUGUGAUCUGUCACCUCAACGCUGUGGCAUAAAAAUAGGGAAGAUGUUACAAUUAAUAUAGCUGUAAAUGGCAAAUACUGAAAAGAUGUUUUUUCUUGUAGUUUUGGGAAGCUGUCAGCGCUGCAGUUCUGUGAAUUAUAGUCAAACCUGCUCAACUGUGAAGCUCCAGUCGGUCUUAAAAUGUGCUGAAGCGAUGAAGGUGUUAGAAGACCAUCAGCACCACUCCUGACCAGUGAAGUGCAGUUAUUUACCCCAGAGUAGUGCUGUAUUCUAAUAACCAAGCAUGCGUGUCUGUAUCGCAGACUGUUGUGUCUCUGUGCAGCCUUCGUCAUUGUGCCAUUUGGAAGUCUUGCUACAAGAGGUGAACACGUAGUGCAAUAACGCCUAUAAUAUGAUGACAUACUGUAGAGCAGAGCUUUAUUUCUGUAUUCAUAGAGAGCAUUAAAUGGUACGAGAGUGUUAUCGCUUUGAUUUUGUGUAACCGUUGUGUGCUUACUGUGACGAAUGGGACUCCUGGCAGGUUUGUGAUGUGCUGUCCUCUCAGCUGUGGAGUAUUUUCUGAAAGAUGAAAUAAAAGUCAAACAGUGUCCAUCACAUGAAGAAAUUAUGUCAUUUCAAUGUUUUUUUUUCUUUCUUCCACCUGUUAUUUAAAGAAAUGAGCCAUCAGAUUUAUAUUCCAUUAAAAUGUGCCAAAUUGUUAAAUCAAUUAGUUGGAUUGCAAAUGUAAUUUCAUGCCAAGCGUUAAAGAUGUCGCUUCAUUUCUUACUUUAACUCACAAAUCUCUGUCUUUGGUAUAAAAGCACUUCUGAUCUGGUUAUAAUCGUGCGGCUCUCACUGCAGGACAGAACGCUUUCUUUCUUGAUGAUCUUGAAGUACUGUAUGUGGCAGACAUCACCAGUGUCAUCUUGUGUGUGUGAACGUUACAAAAAUGUGUAAUUAAUCUCACCAGUGCUGCCAACGUCUCUGUUUUUUGUUUUGUUUUGUUUUUAACUAUUUCACUGUGAACUGAUUUGUUGUGUGUUGCCAACUGUAUAAUUGAGUAAAAUAAAAUUAAUGUAGUCGAGUAA